AUGUCUUGCUGUGGAGGAAACUGUGGUUGCGGAUCUGGCUGCAAGUGCGUUGGUUGCGGAGGUUGCAAAAUGUACCCAGACUUGAGCUUCUCCGGCGAGACCACCACCACCGAGACUCUUGUCCUCGGCGUUGCUCCGUCCAUGAACUCUCAGUUCGAGGCUUCCGGUGAGACUUUCGUCGCCGAGAACGAUGCCUGCAAAUGCGGAUCUGACUGCAAGUGCAACCCUUGCACCUGCAAAUGA